UAAUUUAGGAUCUCAUGGUUGUAAAGUAUGGGUACUGAGGUGGAGAGACCAGACACUCAGGCCACACGUGAAAUGGCAUGAAAUAGGAGAGAAGUUACCCGGAACAAAAGAUGGCACGGUUAUACAACCUCCAAAUCUACCGAACAGAUGGCAGCAUGUCCCCCGUCUUUAUUCUUCUUUUUCUCCAGCUGCUGCUCCCUCCCCCUUCCACCAACCACUUACUAAUUCCCGCUCGGCUAUAAUGGUUACUGAUGAUGAUGAGGAUGGUUAGAAAGUGACGUACCUUCACCUCUCCCACUCUACUCGUCGACUCUUCUGAGCGAGAUAUGAGAAAUUGCCAGUCAUACUGCGCCUCACAAAACAAAAAGUGUCCAAAACAUUCAGCAUUACCUCAAGACAGCAUGUACAACAAUAAUUUUCAAAUGCCAGUAGAUGAUCUAAACUCUAUGAUGCAGCUGAAACAGCAGCUCUCCCAUCAGAUAAACCAGCUUAACACUAUGCUGGGACAGAACCCAAACCUGCCGAGCAUGAUGAACCAGACGAACAUGAAUAACAGCAUGGCAGAUUCUGGGCCCAUGGUCAGGCCAAACAUCAUGAUUCCUAACUACAAUAAUAUGCCGCACACUAACUGGAACGCUCAGGCGCCAGGACCUGGUGGUCGGUUACAGCAGCAGAUACUUGAGCAAAUGAACGACAAAAAACUUCAGCUGGAACUGCUCCAGACCAAAUCUAAACUUCAGAUGUUGCUGAUGGAACAGCAGCAGCAGCAGCAACAACAGAAUCAGGCACAACUAGGCAACCCUGGGAUGAACAACUCCUUGUUACCCGGCGCUAAUCCUAUGGGUCCAGUUAGUUUACCGAGCCAUCCAACGGCUCCUGUACCCUUCAACAACCUUCAUAUCCUUCAGAAACAAUUGCAGCAGUCUAACAGCGAUUCGCAACAACAGCCACCACCAGCUUUACAGCAACAACAACAACAACAACAACAGCAACAACAACAACAGCAACAACAACAACAACAACAACAACAGCAACAACAACAGCAACAGCAGCAGCAACAACAGCAUAUGAUGUUUCGACAGCAACAACAGCAGGCGCAGCAGCAACAGCAGGCGCAGCAACAGCAGCAGCAACAACAGCAGAACUUCCAGAUGAACAUGCAGCCCCGUGGCAUGAGACCGCCAGUUUCACUUCCUGCUCCUCAACCUGUUACUCCCGCUAACCACAGUGUCAGGUACAUGCCGCAGAUGAUGCAGCAGAAUGGUAUGCCCAACAUGAACCAAAUGUCACCCAACAUGAUGCAGCAAAUAGCUGUGAUGAGGAAACAACAGCAACAGGAACAGGCACGAGCUAGGAAACUAAUGAUAGCACAACAGAGAAAGCUUGCUCUUGAAGCGAGGCUGAGAAUCAAAGCUCCACAGCUGACUACUCCGAAGGAUGGAAAGGCGAUGGUUGUACCACCAACAUGUAUUCCUCAGAGCAUAUCCCAGCCAAUUCCCAUGAACAUCAGUCUCACAGCUACCCCUCUAGGCCCCCAGUUUGUGCCUAAACAGAUCACCGCUCGCUCCAUGCCCAGUCCCAUCCCAGUACCUGACGACAAACGAGUAAAGACUCCGUUAAUACAGCAAGUAAAUACUUCCUGUGAUCCGCUAGAUCAUGCCAGAUCCAUUAUAAGUACCUCCCUCCCACCAAACACUAUACCCUGGAGGACACAAGCCAACAAGGUCCCUCAUCCGGUGUCCGCUGGAUCUGUAAAUCAGAAUGAAUCCUUAACUAAACAAAGUGCAGAUUCCACCACUGUUAAUGUUACUAUCAGAAGCUCACCGCCUGUUGAGAAACCGUUGCCGGUUGCUGCAGUAACGGUCGUUUCCAAGGAGAAGACCACAGACGAUACGAAGAAGACGAAGUUGGUGGCCCUUCCUUCAGUUGUUCCCACAACUCUCACGCCUGUCAUAACUUCCGAGAACUCUACUCUUAAGGAGAAGGCUAUUCCUGUAAAGAAAGUGAGAGAAAGUCCGGAGAUUGCCGGUACACCGCGUGGCUCUCCCAAAACUCCGAUCAUAAAGCCUGUUUCUCUAAGUGCAGUCAAAGCUAACCCGCAAUACAGCAUGCUGCUGGAAGUAAUGACCCGGGAGAUUCUGACGAAACUACAGCAGCACGGUGUCCAGAAGGGACUAUCUGAUCCUUCAACGGUAUUUCAACAGGAAGUAACCAAAUACCUGAAGUCGAUGGAAGAAGCGAUCAAGAGAGGAGAAUUCCAAGAAUUAUCACCUGACGUCAUCGCCGCUAAAUGCACGUCAACCUGCGCAGUGCAAACCAAACUGUGGUCGGAUACUGUUCCAGGCGAUAAAGAGUGCCCGGCCAGUCCGAAGCCUGACCCAAAGCAUGCCUCCCCACAACCGUUACCAUCACCACCUCCUCUCAAACAAGCUUCUCAUAUCAACAAGAUUAAACCUCCUAAACGGAAAUUAGGUAGACCAAGGAAAGUUAUGAAUUCUCCGGUGAUGCCAGCGUUAGAGAUCAUGGGAAUUGAUGGGGUUGUGACAAUAGAACCUGUUGUCAAAAAGGAGCCUACUGUAAAAGCAGAAGAUUCAGAAUGUCCAGGGUACAUAAAACACGAGCCUAUGGAGGUUAACGAGGACCAAAAACCUGAUCUUAUUGUUAAUUCAAAUCAAGUGAACGCUGCUUCUGAAUCAUCAGCUACUCAAAAUCGACCGAAUAACGGCCAAAAUACCGGUCAAAACGGUCAGAACGGCCAGAAUUUAAACAUUGACAUUGAAAAUAUCGGAAAUCUUGAAUCUCUGUUUGUUAUGCUUCACAAAGACACUGACGCGGAGGACUCAGAAAACAUUGAUGUCAAUACAUUUCUUGCAAACUUGUGAGAGAAAAUGAAGGACUGGUUUUUAACUUUUAACUUUUCAUCUUGCGCCUUUGCUCCUCCAGCUUGGUUUUUAAGUUCUUUUGCUGUUCUUGUUUUUUCUUAGAUUUUAUUUUUACUAUUAUAUUAUCUCUGGUUUCAGAGGAAGGAGCUUUUAGAUUUUAUUACUGUUGGUCUGACUUGUGUUUUUACCCAGACGAUUGUGAUGUGUUUUGUUGUCAAGCUGAAUUUGGGAUUACCUUCAAUUUAUAAUAAUCGUUAUAAUUUGAGUAGUUGCCAACUAAUAACUAAUAUGUUUUUAAGAAUUGGUUCCGUAGUCUGUUAUAGCCUAGUUUCCGUUUUAUACACUCAGGCAAUUUAUGUUGCUGUUCGUGAUCGAUAUCAGAUUACAGUCAACUGUUUAUUUAUUCGCGAACGCACGGGACUUUUAUGAACGUAAAACUAAACUAACUUUGAUGAUCGAGCUAUUAUUUUGGAAAUGGAAGCAACAAAAAAAUUGUAAUAGUAUGGAUCCCUGCUCAAAAUUUAAUUUGAAUUCGUUGCAAUUUAUGUUGCAAUUUUAGUUUUCUUGCCCUGAUUCUUCUAUUUAUAUAUCAUUAUCAGUUAAUCAUAAUGAUGAGCCAGAUAGUUGUUGAAUGAAUUGUUUUGUUUUCCCUUCAACGGAAGUUGUGAACUUCGCGUAGAUAUUUCUUUUUAUCAGAUAGAUAUUUUAGAUAGACCGUCUUUUGAAUGCAAAGUUGUCAAUUGUUGUGAUGGCUGUUUUUUCAGUCUCCGUAGAUGUAAAUUUUUGAAGUUUGCUAAUUAUAUAUAUUGGGUCAGUUUUAAUAACUUAUUUAUUCCAAUUCCGUUAUAACAAUGAAA